CCACCCCCACUGCACAUUCAAUUUCCAGGGGUGCGGCUAUUUUGACUCACUCCCUUAUUCGGUUUAAUGUAUACAAAACCACUAUAACGAGUACACACGCUCCUAUAUUCGGUAAAUAUACCAGAAAAUCCUGUCAUUAACCUCUUAGAUUUCGCAAGAACGGUUUAGAGUAAGUAAAAGGGAUAUUGGGAGAGGAAUUUUUUUUUAUUACUUAGCGAAGUAUGGAUUUGAGAGGGAAAGUUGCCCUGGUGACUGGAGGGGCGUCUGGACACGGUCGGGAGUAUUGCAAGGAGUUGUACAAGCAGGGAUGCAAAAUAGCAAUCUGUGAUAUAAACGCGGACGCAGGGGAGGAACUGCUGCACACCCUCUCGAAAAACAUCAAAGAUCGCGCGAUAUUUAUACCAUGCGACGUGACCGACUACAUGCAAUUUGAAGAAGCUUUCCAGACAACAAUCACCAAACUGGGCGGGGUCGAUAUAGUCAUCAAUAACGCCUCAGUGAUGAACGACAGACUGUGGGAGCUGGAAGUGGACGUCAACUUGAACGGGGUGAUCCGAGGUCUCCUGUUAGCCUUCAGGUUUUUAGGGAAAGACAGGGGCGGACCGGGGGGCGUGGUCGUAAACGCCGGAUCCAGUUGCUGUAAAAAUCCGUUGCUAUCACUACCGGUGUACACAGCGACGAAACAAGCUGUAGCUGCCCUGACCCGAUGCUAUGGCGAUCCGUACCACGUGAACUUAACGGGGAUCAAGGUGAUAUCGCUGUGCCCCACCCCAACCGAAGCUGAGAUGGCUGGGGAUCCCCGAAAGCGGAUACUGAGCGGAGAAUACGAACAGGCGUGGCUCAGGGAUACGUCGAGUAGCACACCCGUGAAAUCAGAAAAACUGGGCAAAGCUCUGAUCGACCUGAUGCACUCAGCAAAAAGUGGCACCAGUUGGCUGAUCAGUAACGAUCAUCCCCCCAAAGAGGUGCCGAUAUUUUGAAGACUACCAUCACCACCAACCAACCAAUCACCCUCGUCACCAUUUUCGUUUUUUGAGUGCUCCGCUGUAUAUAAAUUCACCAUCGUCAUUGUUAUGAUCCGCUAAAUACGUACAUUAUAAAUAGUAUGUUAUGUAUUGCUGUGUUUGGGAUUUUGUUGUUUUUUUUAUGCUUAUAUAUAGACAAAUAAAUUGUUUGAGAAGUA